AUGGGACAAUACUACAAAUUGUACGCCAUUCUCAACGUACCUCGAGCUUCUACUGAUUCUUUCGAUUGUAGUAUGAACUUUGAUAAGCGCCAGGUCCACAAUGGACUGGGUAAAUUCUGGGAAUUCACAGGCGACGCCCUCGUGAGGCUUCUCACGUCUCCUCGACCUUAUCCCGACCUCGACGCUGCGUUUGAGCGCAUCUAUAACGGAUACGACAUAGCAAAGGCAAGGUCAUGCGAUAGAGCCAGGCUUGGACGCCUAGGCAAGCUCCCCGUUGAACUUAUAACCUACGUCUUCGAAGCCACUGACCUCGACGGCGCCGCGAUGCUCGUUGCAGCCCACCCACAGCUCUUUGCCAUCGGGUACGCAAGCAUGCUCGCGAAAAUCAAAGCUAUCUCUCUCUUCAACAACUGGUCGUACGACCGCAUCAUAUGCAUCGGAGACUACGCACGGACGCUUCCCGCAGAUUUCCUCUCGGCGGCUGAGAGACACAGGCUGAUGAAGUGGGGCGUAAAGCAUAAAGCGAUUCUCGACGAGUACGGGGACGCGCCGUUGGACGACAUCGUCGAGGGCGGAAGCGCGGCUCCCAACUGCGAGGCCGCCCCUUCGCAGGAACGCGAUGCGCAUGAGCUGGGGCUUGCCAGCGAGGUCGCUGCGUACACCGAUCAGAGCUUCCAUCUGUACCAGUACGGGUGCAAGAUGCCGUCGCUGUACGACAUGGUGUGCUCGCGCAAGUGCUCUCCUACGCUUUCAUACGAUCUUCUGUGGAGGUGUGACGACUUAGACGGCCGGCGCCUCGGGAGGCUGGAGUCCGCACUGUUGUGGUUCAAGCCCUGCUACUACCUGGAUUGUCCGGUGCUGAUUAAUACUACGAAGUGUGAAUUUCUGAAAGGGGUGGAUGAGGAAGGAGAGUCGAUCCUUGAUAUGGCUAUCCCAGUGCUCACGGUCUGGGGUGCCGAUGAGGGGUAUACACACACGGUUAAGCGAGAGGGGGAGUGGGCUGGCGAUCGGCUGGCAAUUAUUUCAGAGGAAGAACUGGAGGAUCUUAUGGAAGAAGAAGAAGGCUGGAAGGAGCGAAAAAUAAAAUGGGAUGAUGUGUAG